AUGGUUGGAAAUUCCAAUAAAGCCAGAAUAAAUCAGAAUUCAUUUGAACGAUGGCUUUUGUUAGCUUUGUCGGUGUGCGUAACCUACGCGAAGGCCUUUGAGGAGACGAGCACAACUUUGAAGUUCCUAGUAGCCGAAAGAAACGAAAUCAGCCUACUGCAGCCAGGCUCGAACCUGCGCAGACCGAUAGCCUCGAGCAAUGGGACGAUCGUCGACGUGGACUACGAUCACUCGGAAAAUAUGGUUUUCUGGAUCGCCGGGAGCUGCGUCUACUCCGCCAAUUGGCACGACGGCAAUUCCAGCAGCGCCAUAAUCCAACGCGCCGCCGAUGCCUGGGAGCCACUCAGUCUGGCCGUCGAUUUCCUCGGCCGCCGGCUGUACGUCGCCGACGGCUUGGGUCGAAAGGUCGACGCGUUCAGCCUGAGAGGCAAGAACCACGUGAUCGUCGCCGCGGAGGACUUGGCGAGGCCGAGCGGCGUCGCCCUCGACCCGCACGCGGCCUUGCUGUUCGUCGCCGACAGCGACAAGAUCAUCCGGAUGAACCUGGACGGCGCGUCGAGGCUUCCGAUAAUCCGCAAGACGGCACUGUCGUCCAUCGCGUGCCUCGCGCUCGAUCUCGCCGGCAAGACGCUCUACUGGUGGAACAGCGAGGUGCGCGCGAUCGAGAGCUCGAGCUACGUCGGCGAGUCGCGGCGCCUCGUCUACCACGACAAGUCGACGAGCGUCGCCGGCAUCGCCCACUCGGAGGGCCAGCUCUACCUGCUGACGGGCGAGGCGAUCCAGCGCGCGGACGGCCGGCGCAGCGCCGAGACGAUACUCGGCGACGUGCGCGCGAGCAGCCUGCGCGCGGUGGACUCGGGCUCGCGGCGGGCGGCGCCCGCCGAGCGGAGCGCCUGCGACGCGGACAGCGGCGGCUGCCAGCACGCCUGCCUGGCCUCGGCCGGCGGCGCCAGCUGCAGGUGCUACGCCGGCAAUCUGCUGGGCGAGGACGCCAAGAGCUGCACCCUCGCCAACGAGCUGCUGCUGUACUCGCACCGGGAGGUGAUCCGGGGCCGCGGGCUGCGGCUCGGCGCGGAGAUCGCGCUCUCGCUCGCCCGGCCGCUGAGCCUGAGCCUCAGCGUCGACAGCGACUUCGAGGCGAAGGCGCUGUACUUCGCCGACGCCAACAGCCGCACCAUCUACAGGGGGGACGCGAAGAGCGGCGCGACGGAGGCGGUCGUCGGCUACGAGGGCUCGGCGAGCCUCAGCCUCGACUGGCUCGCGCGCAACCUCUACUACACGGACCUGGCCGCGGGCACGCUGAACGUCGUCAGCGCGAGGAACUACUCCCAUCGGCGCACGCUGCUCGACGGCCUGGCCGAGCCCAGGGACGUGGUCGCGCACCCGAGCAGGGGCCACGUGUACUUCUACGACGGCGGCGCGAUCAAGAGGGUGAACGCCGACGGCACGGGACUGACGACGAUCCACGCGCCGCGCCGACACGCCUCGCUGAGGCUGGCCCUCGACGCGCCGGAGAGCCGCCUCUACUGGUGCCUCAACGACCCCGAGCGCGCGAGCAGGAACUCCAGCGUGCAGCACGCGGCGCUCGACGGCAGCGGCGUGCUCGACCUCGGCACCCCGUACCUGCACGACGUCAGCGCGCUCGCCGUCCACCGCGAGUGGAUCUACGCCGUGGCCGCGGGCUUCGAGAAGCUGGUGGCGCUGAGGAAGGCGGACGGCAAGCGGAUGAGGGAGAUCGCCACGGCCGAGCGCCAGGGCUUCUACGCGCUGGCCGUGAUGAGGCAGCCCGCCGCGGCGGAGGUGGGUGCCCGCCACCCCUGCGCCUCGGCGGCCGCCUGCGACAAGCUCUGCUUCGCGGUGCCGCGCACCAAGUCCCGGCCGGGACUGGCGCGCCGCUGCGGCUGCCCCGGCGGCGAGCGCCUGACCGGCAAACUCGGCGGACGGACGUGCAAGCCCGACCACCUGGUCAAGGAGCUGUGGCUGGUGCACCGCUGCGAGCCCGACUGGGAGUUCGCUUGUCGGAACGGCAGGUGCAUACCCAAGACGCAGCUGUGCGACGGGGUGAACGACUGCCUGGACAGGAGCGACGAGUGGGGCUGCAGGGACACCGAGCGUAACUACUUUAUCGCGGGGGGGUAG